AUGACGAAGCACGGCCAGCCUUCCACCUGCAGAUUCAUCCUCACCUGGAUGUCUCCGAGCCCUUUUGAGAACCUGCUUCCUCCACCAGAGCUCUUUGUCCCUGUGACUCAAGACAAGGACCAGCCCUGCCAGAGGGUGGAAAAGUUGGCAAUUGAAGAAUUUGGCAGCCAGGCAGGCGUGGGAAGGAGGCGAGGGUGGGCGGGGCUCCGGCUCAGCCAGACGGACGAGCCGCGCUUAAAAGCUCGGUGGAGCGAGCGGCGGACAAAGGGGGGAUCCGUGGCUCGCUCGGGAAGGGAAGAUCUCCGGGAUCCGUGCCAGAUCCUGCUCUUUCUCAUGGCUGCCUUCCAGCGACGGUGCGCCCUGGCUUGCCAAGGGUUGCUCCUGGCCCUCUUGCAAAUCAUGCCUACGACUGCCAACGUCCACUGUCACGGACACAGCGUCCAAGAGUGUACGCAGCAAACCGGGAGCUGGACCAGCUUGUGGUAUGUCUGGCUUAUCAUGCUUAGCGUGUUCCUUCUGCUGAUGUGCGGCAUUGGGGCCAGCUGUGUGAAGUUCUGUUGCCGCAAGAAGAGGCCCCCGGUACAGACAUUCCCGCCGCAAGCACAUGACAUCACUGCCAUCCCCAUAGACCAUGACAGCACCGCCCACAGCACGGUUACAUCAUACAGCUCCGUACAAUAUCCUCAGAGCAUCCCUCUUCCUCUGUCCUUCAGGGAGAUGGACAGAAGUCUUAUGAGUCCUCCAGCAUACAGCCUCUAUGCCAUAGAGCUGCCACCAUCUUAUGAUGAGGCUAUCCAAAUGGCAAAGCCCUACAUUGAGACUCCAUCGGCUGGCCAGAAACUAGACAAGGAUGCACCCCAGUCGGCAGCUCCGGGAGAACAAAACCAGGUCCAAUUGGCAGCUCUGGAAGAGCAAAACCAGGUCCAGUCAGCAGCUCCGGAAGAACAAAACCAGGUCCAAUUGGCAGCUCCAGAAGAGCAAAACCAGCCCCGGUCGGCAGCUCCAGGAGAGCCAAAACAGCCCCAAUCAGCAACUCCAGAAGGACAAAACCAGCCCCAGUUGGCAACUCUAAAAGACCAAAACCAGGCCUCGUCGGUGGCUCCAGAAGAGCAAAACCAGCCCCAAACUUUGCCUGAGAUGUCAAACAGCCCUGAGAUGGUACAUCCAGAUUCACAGCUUCCAGAAACUUCCACGCAGGGACAGCCACAACUUUAGUCUCUUCCUGGGAGGCCAGAAGAGAGUGAAGUCACUGAACUUCUAAUGGUAUUAGAAGUGCAGCCAUGUGUACAUGGUUAGCCCAAAGAGAGACCCAGUUGUCUGCCUCAUAGCAGUGAUCCAUUGUGUGGGCGAGCUGUCUCCUGUGGCCUUUGAUAACCUUCUAUUGCCGCUCCAAGGGCGCCGAGGAAAAUGUUGUGACAGCUGGUUAAAAAUACCCUCAGUGGGUGAGCAAGGGUUUGUGUCAAUCUCCUCAAGGCUCAAUGCGAAAGAACAAUGCUGUUGUCUUUCGUGGCAGUGCUGAGAGGGUGGGAGCAUGGGAGAGAGAGAAGAGCCGCUUCAUCAAAAACAGUCUGAGGGAAGUGACACAAAAUGGCUGCCGGCUGGCCCUCAACAGAAAUGGACAGGGACUGUUUUCCCUCACGGUGGGAUGAAAAGGAAAGAAACAAAUACAAAUUGACAUCACCACCUUCUGAGAAGACUGAACUGUCCAGCAAAUUGCUGGAGCACUUGCAUUCGUUGCUAUGUAACGACAAACUGCCUUGAAAGGAAAUAACAGCUGGAAUUGGAUGUAUGUGUCACAGAUUUAAGUUGGACAAUGAUUUGAGGGAAGAAAUCUAGCAAUGCUUUGCUAGGCCUUCAAGAACAUGUCAUUUUCGUUGUAUUUUUUUUUAAAUAAUAAAGCACACUUUUUCUACAAAACAUAA